CUCAUCAUAAAUAAAGAGGAUGCUCCUCCUCCGCAUCUGGAAUCUAGCCAGCCAGCCAGCCACAACCAAUCCCAAUCCAAGAAGCAGAGGGAGGAGCUUUGGCAGAGUGAGAGAGAAGCAGAGGACGAUGGGCACGCCGGUGGGAAUGGCGACUCUAGCGGCUCUGGCGCUGGUGCUGUGCGUCUCCAUGGACGGGUGCGCCGCCGCUGAGUACAAGGUGGGCGGUCUGGACGCGUGGGGGGUGCCGCCGUCCACCAAGCCGGACGUGUACGUGCGGUGGGCCAAGUCCGUCCCCGUCAAGCUCGGCGACGCCCUCUUCUUCCUCUACCCGCCCAGCCAGGACAGCGCCGUGCAGGUCACUGCCAAGGCCUUCGCCGCCUGCGACGUGUCCGACCCGCUGCUCAAGCUGGAGGACGGCAACUCCGUCUUCAACCUCACCAAGCCCGGGCGGGCCUACUUCAGCAGCGCCGCCCCGGGGCGCUGCCGCAAGGGCCAGAAGCUGUCGGUGGACGUGCCUGGAGCCGAUGGGAAGCUGCUCAAGCCGUCGGCGGACGACGAGGCCGCGCUCAAGGCGCUCUCUGCGCUGCCGCCUGCCGCUGCCCCGUCCGAGGCGCUCCCCUCGCUCUCGCCCGGCCCCGACGACGACGACGACUCCGCUGCCUCCUCCAUGGUCGCCGGAUCCGUCCUAGGUCUCGCGGCCGCUUUCAUCCUCCUGUGGCUGUGAUGUGAUGUGAGAUGCUCUUCUUCUUCUUCCUCCCAUCCAUUUCAAUUUCAUUUUUUUUGUCAGAUGAGAAACAUGAAUUUAUUUGUUUGGAUUGGAUUAUAUAAGAAGUAUAAUUGAUUGAUUGAUUGAUUGA